GACUGGUAAUCGAUAGUACCAUCGACGCGGUCACAUCUCUAGGCAGCAGCGCCUCGGCGGAACAGCGGUUUAGAUGCUCUUUGGCGGUUGGCGCCGCUUGACUUGCCAGUGUGUAACUCUCCAGGCCGAGUGUGUGUGUGUGUGUAGUGGUUGUGCUAGCAGAGUUGUUGCAGAAACUAACUAAAAAAGAAAAACAAGAGCAGCAGCCAAGUUAAACCGAGGUGAACAAACAGAAAACACAGAGAGAAAAAAAACAUAAAACACACCGGGACUUCAUAGCUAAGUAAAAUAGCACGAUAGCCAAGCGAGUACGGGUUUUUUUUGCUCUUCCUCUUUCACAUACAUGCGUACCUGGGCAGAGAUUCAGAUUUACCGCCGCCCCCAACUCAAUCAUCAGCCGCAUCGCCAACGUCGUUGUUGUUGCUGUCGUUCCGCCGUCGCUCUCACGUAAUCUGCCCCCGCACCACCCAUUCCACAAACUUAUAGACCGAAAAUCGAUUAGCGGCCUCUCUUCCUUUUCUACAACUCUUCGGCGUUCGCUCGUUCGUGUGUUUGUGUGUGCGUUGCGUUACGUUACGUACGUUACGGUUACCGUUACGUCGCCCGCGCGCGUGUCUAUGCAUAUAUAUAUUUAUAUGUGUGCGUGUGUGUGCAAGGUGUGGUGUGUAUAGAAAAUCGAUUGGCAAUUUGAACCGAGCUAUCGUCGCCGCACUCGCCGCGUGUGUGCCGUUACGCGAUUUUCAACAGCAGCCGCGCAAGUAAUUUAUUGCUUUUAUUUUUUUGCCUGUGAGUCCUCUUAAGUGAGUGUGACCGCGAGACAGCGAGAUAGAGAGAGAGCAAUAUACAAGCUCUCAAAAACCUCUAAAAAAAAAUUUAAAAAAAAAAAAAAACACCGGACAUGGAUAAAUCAGCGGCCACGAACUCGGCCACUGCCGAUGGCCAAAACGAGGCAACAGCAGCAGCAGCUGGGUGUGGCAGCAGCAGCAACAACAGCAGCAGCAGUGGUAGCAACACCACCACCAACAGCAACAACGCCUUGCAGCGUUUAGCAACAACAACAAGUGCCGUAGUGGCAUCCCCAAUGACGACGAUCAACCUGAACAUCAGCACCACCACCGGCGGCAAUUUCGGCGUCAGCGUCGAGCCGCAUAUCAGUGUUGAAAGUCUGAAGAAGAUCAUCGCCAAAAAGCUAAAGGUGGCCAAGGAUCGCAUCUGUCUGCUGCACAGAGAAAAGGAACUUCAGGAUGGAACGCUCAGAGAUCACAACUUAAUGGACGGGUCCAAGAUCAUUUUGAUACCAAACGUGGAAACUGGUUUAUUGGCCCAGCGUCCUGAGAACACGGUUAUGCAAGCGCUGGAAUCGCUUAACGACUCGCAGGUUAAUGACUUCCUCAGCGGCAAGACACCGCUAAAUCUGAGCAUGCGUCUCGGUGACCACAUGAUGCUUAUCCAACUUCAGUUGAGCACGGUUAAUCCGGCAGGCGGUAGUGCCACAGUUGCCCCAGCAAAUGCUAGUGGUGCCACCACAACGGCCGCCGCCACCACAACGUCAGCGGCGCCUGUAAUGCCAGCUGGAACUGGCAGCUGCAACACAUCCUCCUCCUCGUCGGCAGUGCUGGCGGUGGCAGGUGGAAGCGGAAGUACUGGAGUAGGUGGCGGCGCCAACACCUCCUCCUCCUCAUCAUCAUCAUCAUCAUCAUCGUCGUCGACGUCCUCUUCGUCAUCAUCUUCAUCUUCGUCGAGAACCCGCUCUUCUGGCCAGCGUUCAAGUGGAAGAAUCGGACAUGGUCAUGUGCACAGCCACCAGCACCCGAGUCUGCAUGCCGCAAACUGGCAUGGUAUUGGCCAUGGACAUGGUCAUGGGCAUAGUCAUGGACAUGGACAUGCCCAUCAUCACCAUCAUCAUCACCAUCAUCACCAUCAUCAUCACAAUGCCUCGGCAGUGGCUGCUGGCAGUGGUGGUGGGAUGUCCUCGCUGCGCAAGAUGUACGGCGAUUUGCCUAGUUCCUCGGGAGCAUCGGGUUCGGGAGUGGGAGCAUCUGGCACUGGUCAGGCCCAGAGUUCGUCAACGCUGAACGGAUCUGAUUUCACCAAGGUGCUGAUUAAGGGUGGCAUCCAUAACAUCGUUAAGAGCUUCGCUCUGAAGGAUGCCGGCGCCACAGCUCGUCCGGUGGCAAAUGGUGGAUCUGGCUCGAGCCCGGGAAAACCUGUGCUGGAGCAGUCGCCCAUCAAAUCGCUGUCGAAUCUCGUGUCCAGUCCCAUCAAUAUGACGGCCAUCAAAAACAUUCCCCUGCCCACAACGGCUGCUUCCAGUUCCAGUUCUAGUUCUAGCUGCAGCUGCAGCUCCUCCGCCGCCGCCUCCAGCUCAUCUUCUUCGUCCUCUUCCAGUGGAGCCUGCACCACCGGCGGCUGUCAGCAGGAUCCCAUAGCCGCCAAGUUGACCUCGUGCUUGUGCACGCGCCUACCUACGCCGCCCGUGGCGCAGCCAGUGGCCUCUGUAGUGGCCCAUGCUCCCCUGACACGAUCCGGAUCCAGCAGCUCACCCGGCAAGUGCCAGGAUUCAAGUUGCGGCGGCGGGGCAAAUGCCGGUUUUGCGGCACGUUCGACAGCUUCGGGGGCAGGAGUCACCUUCUCGGGCAAUUCGAUGUUGCACAAGACGGGCAAUAACCGCAUCACCAGGACCAAGCAUCGUCACUACCAUGGUCAUGGACAUGGGCAUGGGCAUGGACAUGGUCAUAGCAGCAGCAGCAGCAGCAGUCACAUUUACCAUCACGCCUGCGCCGGCAAUCAGUCAUCGAUCAAUGCAGCCGCCUUUGCCGCAGCCUCGUCCUCGUCCUCUUCGUCUUCCUCGUCCUCUACCUCCUCGUCCUCGUCCUCCUCGUCACGUCGCAAGAUAGAGCAGGCAAUGGCAGCAGGAGCACCAGGAUCAACAGCCACAACAGCAGCGGCAACGGUGGCACUGCCAGCCAGUGCAAGUGCCACAGCCACAGCCACUGAACCCGAGGACUCUUUGCUGGGCGUGUCGGACACCAAGACACUCGCUGAGGCAUCACGAAAUCUGACCCAGACAUUACGCAAACUCUCCAAGGAGGUGUUCACCAACAAGAUCGAUCUAUCCGGCGCCGGUGUGGUAAGCAGCAGCCGCAGCUCAAGCAGUGGCACAACCUCGACGGGCACAGCAAGUGGUGAGGAGGCACCGCGUAAGGGCGGAUCAGGAGCCGUGAUCGAGUCGAUGAAGAAUCAUGGCAAGGGCAUCUUUUCGGGCACCUUUUCGGGCACACUGAAUCCGGCGCUGCAGGAUCGCUAUGGUCGACCCAAACGCGAUAUCUCAACGGUGAUUCACAUUCUCAACGAUCUACUGAGUGCCACACCUCAAUACGGCCGUGGGGCUCGCAUCAGCUUCGAGGCACCGACCACUGGAUCGGUUUCGGGAUCUAGUUCGGGAUCUGGCAGCAGUGGUUCUUCCUCAACGGCGUCCUCCAGCAGCGGUAUGCAUCACGGAUCGCGCACCAAAAUGUACUCCUCCAAGCACCAUAACUGCGCCAAGUGCAACAGCCGGGCCCAGCAACAGCAGCACCAGCAGCAACAGUCGGCGGCUCUGGCCUCUGGCAGCGGUGUAAGCUGCUCCUUCCGUGACUGCCCCAGCUAUCACUCUUCUUCCGCCGCCUCUAAGGCGUCUGCCAGUUCAAAGUCUUCUUCGUCUCACAGUUGCUGCCAGGCCGAGGCAGCCAGUUCCCUGGCUAGUCAAAGCAACGGCUGCAGCUGUCGCUAUCGCCGGGAUGAGGGACAGGGCGAACGGGAGCGCGAGCACACGUGCCAGAAGUGCACCGUGGAGCUGGCCAAUAUGAAGACCCGCUCGAAGAUGGACCAGCUGCGUCUGGUGAUGCAACAGCACAAGCAAAAGCGUGAGGCUCGCAAGCUGAAGAGCGGUCCCUAUGCAACGCCUGUCACCGCUACCUCGGCCGAUAGCAUCUCCUCGACGGCAGCAGGCGGAGCAGCCGCUGCCGCUGUUGCUUUGGGCGCCACUGCCCAAUACAGUGCCGUGAGCGCUAUGGUGGCCACGCCCCUGCAACCAACUGCUGUGCCUCCUCAGGCCCAGGCGAAAGCUGCACCCGCGAAUAAUAACAGCAGCAGCAGCAGCAGCAACACCAACGCCAGCAACAGCAACACAUCGACAUCGGCACCACCCGCAACAGCAGCAGCAACGACAGCCACAGCAGCACCAACUGCAGCACCACCUAGCGAAGUCUCGCCGAACCACAUUGUGGAGGAGGUGGAUACGGCGGCCUAAGGGCAGCAGCAACAGCAUCAGCUAGAGGAACCACCAGCCCCGCUGACAUUAUCCUAUUUUGUAGCAUUUACUAGUUUACGCAGCAGCAACAAAGAAAGAAGAUGAAGAUGAAGAUGAUGGAGAUGGAGUUGAGAGAUGGAAGAUUAGAGAUAACAGAUAAGAGAUGAAGAUGCAGGACCAGCAGUAGAAGCAGAGGAUGGGCAAACAAAAGAAACUAGAACCACAACUAAAGCUUAUAUUAAUCUAGAGUUAGUGCAUAACAAACACCAAUUCUUAUGUUCGAACACCCCCGCUCGUUUGAUUUUCCCACCUCCGCGAUGAGGAGGAGGAGGAGGAGGGAUUAGAAGGAAAAUGAGGAGCACCCGGAAAGUCGAUAAGCUGUUAAAUUAAUUUUAAGAUCCUAAACACCACAAACCCACUUCGGUCUAAGCCAAUAUAUAUAUAUAUGUAUCAGCUUCUGGAGGCGAAAAUCCUUGAAUGUUUUUUGUAAAUUAAAAUUUAGUGAAAUUUUUUGUGUGCAUCCCCAGGCAAAAACGCAAGGUUUAGCCAUCAACAAUUUGGAAAGGCUAACAACCAGCCAGCAGCAGCGGCAAAAUUGCAAAAAUAGAAAACAAAAUUAAUGAAAGAAAAAUAAAUGAAGAGGAAGAAAAAGAAGAGGAAAGAAAAUCUUAUAAUGAAAAUGAAUUAAAUGUAGAAUUAAAAUGUAAAACGCAUAAAAACACACACACACACAGACUAUGCUGAAUGAGAAUUGUAAGCCAAAGCGGUGGCAAAUUUUGGUAGAACUAAAACGGAAUUUAGAUUUAAUUUUAGACACACCAAAUCUUAAAAAACAAAAGCAAACACACACACACACCUGGCUUUGGCAGCUUUAUGUUAUGUUUAAACUUUAACAACCGAUCGCUGGAAAGAAAAGAAAAUUGAAAUGAAAAUGCGAAAUGCAAAAUGCAAAAUGCGACUGCAAGGUGGCGCUUUAACCUAAUUUGCCUUAGUAGAAAAUCGUUUUUAACCAAUUACUAUAUACUAUAUAUAUUAUUAUUAUUUUUUUUUUGUGUAUUUGUAUUCUUUAUCACCAAGAACGUGUGUUCGAAACGCGCCGCGGGAGAAAGGCGAGCGAUUUGAAUUUGAAUUUCCGCUUCGUUCAGCCACAACCUAUAAAACUACUACUAUACUAUUGAAUUAGUUAGUAAGACUAUGUUUUCUAUUCAUUUUACAAGUAUGAUUACAACACGCGUAUAUAAUUACCAAUUGGUUUAGUUAAGCCCUAGCAUUAUAAUUUAAACACAAGCAAUUACCUUUUUUUGUCCUAAACUUUACACUUUACAUCUUACACUUUACACUAUUUACACCACCAAUUUAACCAAUUCAGAAAAUGCAAUUAGUUUUAGGCGAGUUAAACUUUUGAGUUGGUUUUAUUUGUCUGCCACGUGUGCACCACAACAACAACAACAACAACAACUACUACUACUUGAUUUCAAUAAAUGUUUAGUAAAUGGUUUAGUUAACUAA